AUGGUGUCGUUCUCUACGGCGAGGGCUGCGGUCCUUGUAGGGGCCUGGGCAUUCGCAACCCAUGUGAAUGCUCAGGGUUACUACUUUCAGAAUCAAGGCGAUAGUUGUGCCGGCGUGGGUUUCCAGUACCUCGGGUGCUACAACGCUCCAGGUGGCGUGGACCCCUUUCAAUAUACGCCUGGUGUCCCAACCACGAGAGACGGCCAAGGCAAUCCUUCACUGUCAUACAUUCAAUUCGACAACAACGACUUUACCAAUGCCACAACCAACGGAAACUAUUGCAGUCUGUUCUGUAGGGCCCACGGGUACAAGUACACUGGCCUAUACAACCAAGGAUGUACAUGUGGCUCGUCUCUUAGUGACAGCAUCAAGUCUCUGACUCCUGCUGCUGACAGCGCCUGUGCCAUUGAGUGUUCAGGUGAUCCGACUGAGAACUGUGGCACUGCUACUGGUAUCAGCAUCUACGUGGACACAUCUUUCCAGAGGGAGGACAGUCUUGUGCCUGCAAACUUGGCGACCGGCUAUCAGAAACUUGGGUGCUUCUACGGUAGCAAUGGCGGUCCAACAAUUCCUGGCCCCAACUUCUACCAAACGACAGUGGCCACGCCCGACCUAUGCUUUGCAAACUGCGCAGACCUCAAGCUUCCAUAUGCGCGGGUAAUCCGAGAUGACGCUAAUACUUUCCGUUGCUUCUGCGGUGCCGACUUUGGCUGGGGUGUUCGGGCUUAUGACGACAGCACCGAUCAACUGUGCCAGUCAAAGUGCUCAGACGGAACAAGCGGCUGUACGGGACAGGAUUGCUGUGGUGUGGGCAACAAUAACGCUGCGCCGGUAUACGCCAAUCCUGAGCUCAUGGGCUGCCUUGCCCCAGUCAUCCCUGGCUUCUACACGGCUGCCGGUUCGACGGUCCCGGCGGGCGCCUAUACUUGCUCACCGACUCCUGCUUUUGUCAGCGCGAGGUCCAAGUAUACCGUCAGCUAUGAAACAGCUCCUUCGCUGACCAAGACGGUUUCCUUUGUGGCAACCGUCACUCCCGCGGCUGGUGCGGCCUUUGUUCCCUAUGGCUGCUACGCUGGCGGCGCGUCCAUCCUCGAGGCGCCGACAUUGGCGGCUCCAGCGUCUCUGCCAUCGGGUAGAGUGGCCGUCGACACAUGUGUUGAAUACUGUAAUGCCCAGGGCGCAUCGUGGGCCGCACUCCGGGCUCCCACCAAUGCCGAGUCGAUUUGUAUCUGUGGUAGCGACAUUGCCAGCAGUGGCCUCGGAAGCAUAGAGAGGUUCAGCACUUGUAACAAGCGGUGUAGUGGCGACCAAAGCCAUUUCUGUGGCCCCAAUGCUUCCGAUGCAGGAGGUCUCGUCUAUGUCAACACGGCUGUUGCCACGUACACGAAUGGUCCCUGGUACACGGGACAGUACAACACUUGGACGGUCACGCCCACCUAUGGCUGUACUGGAGGAGUCACAUCGUCCGCAGGCCCAACGACCUCGGUCUCAAGCACUGCUUCAAGCAUUACUAGCUCACCUUCCAUCACCUCGAGCGACACUGCUUCCAUUACGUCUAGCAGCACUGCGAGCGAAUCCAUCAGCAGCACUACGAGCGAAUCUGCCAGCAGUACUGCGAGUGAAUCUGCCAGCAGUACUGCGAGUGGAACUGAUAGCAGCACUUUGAGCAUUUCGGAGAGCAGCACAUCCAGCGGGUCUGCCAGCAGUACCGACACCAACUCUGCAAGUAGCACUGGCAGCAACACUGAAAGCAACUCAUCGAGCAGUACAGAGAGCAACACUGCCAGCAAUACCGAGAGCAACACUGCUACCAACACUGAAAGCAACUCAUCGAGCAGUACUGAUACCAAUACUGCCAGCAACACUGGUAGCAGCUCGCCUACUAGCACCGAGUCUAACGCCAGUAUUACCAGCAGCAGCACCGACUCUGCUUCGACGAGCAGCAAUACGGCAGAUGCAAGCACCAACACCAUCAGCACGAGUUCUCAAGGCUCUGACAUCAGCACUGACAGCCAAUCCGCAACAAGCUCGGUUACUGAUACAAACACGGCGAGCCAGAGCACAACCGCUCAGGGUACCGAAUCUAGCAGUGAAGGCCAACCUACAACGACUCCCAACACAGAGACUGGCACUGGAAGCCAGGGCACAUCCACUCAAAGCACUGAUGCAAACACUAGCAGUCAAAGCGACGUGUCGGGCUCUUCCACGGCCACAACGUCAUCGACGGCUUCCACCACGGAAAUCUCGGGCCGCCCGACUAUCACAGUCACCUCGAGGGUUGUUCGCAGCUUUGCCGCCGUCUUUGACACGGAGCAGGUCCCUGACAAGACGGGCACAUAUGUCAACCUGACAACGUUUGAUCCCGUUACUAAUGUCAGUCAAGCUGACAGGAGCUUUGUGGUCCAGUAUCUGGGAUGCUACCUGUUCGAUGGAGUCACCACUCCCUUCACGGAAGAUGAUUCUCAAAACUUCAUUGGAGAUGCGACGGCAAGCGGCACAGCUUCUGGAUGUGCUGGUGUCUGCGCUGGAGCCAACUUUACUCUGUCGGCCAACAACCAAGGAGACUGCUUCUGCGGAAAUGAACUCAAGUCGGCUAAUCUCGAACUUGAGCCCGACCGAUCCAGCUGCAGCGCAUCUUGCCUCGAGAGUGACAUUGAGAAGUGUGGUGGAGGUGACAAGCUGACAUCGCCGAGUGGUGCCCUGCUGAGCGUCCCGGGCAACUCUUUCUUCAACAUCAUUGAAGCUGUGGACGCAGCAAAGGCCGUAAUUGUCGUCCUGGACGAAAACACCACCACCACUGGUACCGCUUCCGAUUCCGCCACUGGUUCUGUGACCAACACGGAAACAACCUCUUCGCCAGCAGUCACUGGACCCGGUAGCAUCAGUACCAUGGUCAGUGCGACUACUUCAAAUGACUCUGCGGGAACUCAAACCAGCACCUCGUCGACUGCGUCGUCCACCAAUGGAGUUCCCGGAGUCCAGGACAUGCCAGGUCAGACCAUCAUUGCUGGCAUUCUCAACGACGGAGGUGCUGCUCAGGCCCAGGGAAGUGGCACCAAUGGUGUCAACGGGGGCUCUGGGUCCGUGGGAGCUGUGUUCCGUGUGCCGACUGGCGGUUUCCUCGGCGGCGAAGACUCCCCCAACCCUGUGUCGUGCAGUGAUGCCAUUCCCCUGAACCUGACCAGCGGACAGCUGAGCAGCGGCGGCGAGUUCAUUGCUGCGGAAUCAACCGAUGCUUAUACCCCCCUGGCCGCCUCGAUGAUGAGUGCCGCCGUCACGACCACGUUCUCGUCGGUCGACGGAAUCUUGCACUGGUUCAACCCGGCCUUUUACCGGGGCGAGGCUGGUUUCUGCCAGGUCGGUUCCGGACAGGUCUAUGCCACCUUUACACCGGCUUCGCAGUGGCCUCAGGGCUGUGUUGCCAUCUCUCUGGCUCUGUACAGAGUUGAACAAUGCCAGAAUGGUACCCUCGUCGAUCCUUCUCUGGCCACCGGUACAGUGACCUCGGGCCCGACAGCCACCAACAGCAACGGCGGCAACGGCAGUGGUCUGGCCACCAUGACCAGCCCGAUUCCCUUUUCUGAGGGCAUUUUCCCAAUUGAUGCCAGCCCGACCGACGAGGCGUGCGUCAGCACUCCCCUGUCAUGGGAGAUUGCCCCCGAGCCUACCUUUAUCGAGGCCGCCUAG